GGAAGGGUUACACUACGAGUUUUUCUGUUCUGGUAUCGCAUUCCUUGGCAGUACUAUAGAAACUUUGCAUCUAUAAUAUACAUUUCUUUGUCUGUUGUUGAGAUUUGAAGCUUGUUCUGUUCUGUAAUUUAGCAUAUAGAGAACAUGGUGCUGUUCCAAUAUCUCGUUCGCACACUUGAGGCUGAUUUUGUACCUCGUCAUAUUGCAUAUAAAGAGUCAUUAGACUGGGUGAUUAUCAGGGAAUCUGUUUUAAGCGUGCUUCUGGGAUCGCGAAAACUGGUAUUCAAAAUGUUUGUCAAGAACUGCAUAUCCCUUCUGAACCAACAUCAGCGGGAAGUUGAAGAUGACAUAUCUUCUAAAUCAGCAUCUGAUUUAGAUUCUUCCUUAACCUUUUCAUUGCUUGAGUUUGAAAGAGAAGCGCUUAUAUCCGUGAAAAAACUUUUCAUUAUGGUUAUAAACCUUGACUUGAUUAGGAAAGAAGCAGACAAAUUGGGCCUGACUUCAAGGGCUGAUGGCCUCAGGAAUCCUAUCCUGGAAGUUAUUCUAGAGGAGCUAACUUACAACACAAUCUACUUAUCCCCAUUUCUUUUGGUAACUGCAAACCACUGCAUCCUUCUGGCCUCUUACUCAUUUUUCAUGGAUAUCUUAAUGUUAUCAUAAUGUUGAACUUGCACGAGAAACUGAAUGGGUGGUUCAUUGUAAACCCACUCAAAGUUCCUAGUAAAGCUUGUCUGAAUGCUUACCAA